AUGGACGUAGGAAGUUGCUCAGUGGGAAAUAAUCCGCUUGCGCAGUUGCACAAACAUACUCAGCAGAACAAAUCGCUUCAGUUUAAUCAGAAGAAUAAUGGGCGUCUUAAUGAGUCACCUCUACAGGGUACCAACAAGCCAGGUAUUAGUGAGGCUUUUAUAUCCAAUGUUAAUGCUAUUUCACAAGAAAACAUGGCGAAUAUGCAAAGGUUCAUAAACGGAGAACCACUGAUCGAUGAUAAAAGAAGAAUGGAAAUAGGGCCAUCCUCAGGCAGGCUUCCACCUUUUUCAAACGUACAUUCUCUACAGACUUCAGCAAACCCAACCCAAAUUAAGGGAGUGAACGAUAUAUCUCAUUGGUCACAGGAAUUUCAAGGUAGUAAUAGUAUUCAAAAUAGAAACGCGGAUACAGGAAAUUCAGAAAAGGCAUGGCAGCGUGGCUCAACAACCGCAUCAAGCCGGUUUCAGUACCCUAAUACCAUGAUGAAUAACUAUGCUUAUGCUUCUAUGAACAGUCUUAGUGGAUCAAGGCUCCAAUCGCCUGCUUUCAUGAAUCAACAACAGUCUGGUCGUUCUAAAGAAGGAGUCAAUGAGCAAGAACAACAACCCUGGACAGAUCAGUUUGAAAAGCUGGAAAAAGAAGUCUCAGAAAACUUGGACAUAAAUGAUGAAAUAGAGAAGGAGGAAAAUGUGAGUGAAGUAGAACAAAACAAACCAGAAACUGUUGAGAAGGAAGAAGGAGUAUAUGGAGAUCAGUAUCAAUCUGAUUUCCAAGAAGUGUGGGAUAGCAUACACAAGGACGCUGAAGAAGUCUUGCCAUCCGAAUUAGUUAAUGAUGACCUCAAUCUAGGAGAAGACUACUUGAAAUAUCUCGGCGGUAGAGUAAAUGGGAACAUCGAGUAUGCUUUUCAAUCUAACAACGAAUAUUUUAAUAAUCCUAAUGCUUAUAAAAUUGGCUGCCUACUGAUGGAAAACGGAGCCAAAUUGAGCGAGGCAGCGCUAGCAUUUGAAGCUGCUGUUAAAGAAAAACCGGACCAUGUGGAUGCAUGGCUAAGAUUGGGUCUAGUACAAACCCAGAAUGAAAAAGAGUUGAACGGCAUAAGCGCCCUCGAAGAAUGUUUAAAGUUAGACCCAAAGAAUCUGGAGGCAAUGAAAACUUUAGCGAUAAGUUAUAUAAACGAAGGUUAUGAUAUGAGCGCCUUCACAAUGCUGGAUAAAUGGGCAGAAACUAAGUACCCGGAAAUUUGGUCAAGGAUCAAGCAACAAGAUGACAAAUUUCAAAAAGAGAAAGGGUUUACCCAUAUUGAUAUGAACGCUCAUAUCACAAAGCAAUUUUUGCAACUAGCAAACAAUUUAAGCACAAUAGAUCCUGAAAUACAACUAUGCUUGGGUCUCUUAUUUUACACGAAAGAUGAUUUUGACAAAACCAUAGAUUGCUUUGAAAGUGCGUUGAGGGUGAAUCCUAAUGACGAACUCAUGUGGAAUAGAUUAGGGGCUUCAUUGGCCAAUUCCAAUAGAUCAGAGGAAGCAAUCCAAGCCUAUCAUAGGGCACUACAACUAAAACCUUCUUUUGUUAGAGCUCGCUAUAAUCUGGCGGUAUCAUCCAUGAAUAUAGGCUGUUUCAAAGAAGCAGCAGGCUACUUAUUAAGUGUUCUAAGUAUGCAUGAAGUGAACACUAAUAAUAAAAAAGGAGACGUUGGAUCUCUCUUGAAUACGUACAAUGAUACUGUUAUAGAGACUUUGAAGAGAGUUUUUAUAGCGAUGAAUAGAGAUGAUUUACUUCAAGAAGUGAAGCCAGGCAUGGACCUGAAAAGAUUUAAAGGAGAAUUUUCGUUUUGA